AACCUACCAUCUCCUGUCAUUUCCUAACUUCAUGUUCUAGAUAGCGCAGUCUUUUAAAUAUCAAAUUAAAUAUAACCUUUUUGUCUAUGAUCAACAUCAUGGUGAUGGUGAAAUUGUUUCCGUUGUGGAAGUAACGUUUGUCGUCUCUGCAUUUUAUUUUUAAGAUAAAACUCUAAAUUGCAGGUUAUGGCUCCUCUCAGAAGGAUGGCGACGGCUGUGUGCCAAGCUGUGCGUAGGAACUAUGCUGUGUCGGCACCCGAGCAGCUCGACCGGUGUCAGGAGGCGGCGCUCAAAGAAAACUGCAUCGUGGUGGAUGAGGACGACCGUGCAGUGGGGCACGCGACCAAGCGCGAGUGCCAUCGCGUCGACGCAAGAGGAGCUCUGGUCCUGCACCGGGCCUUCAGCGUGUUCUUGUUCAACUCGAGAGAGGAGCUGCUGCUGCAGAAGCGCUCGUCGCACAAGAUCACCUUCCCGAGCUGCUACACGAACGCAUGCUGCAGUCACCCGCUGUUCGACAUCCCGGCGGAGCGGGAGGAAGAGGCUGCCCUGGGGGUGCGUUUGGCAGCACGGCGGCGCCUGCAGCACGAGCUGGGUGUGUCCCCUGAUGACGUUCCCGUGGACAGCCUGCGGUACCUCACCAGGAUACACUACAGGGCCGAGAUGGACGGUGGCUGGGGCGAGCACGAGAUAGACUACGUCCUCAUCCUGCACCGAGACGUGACACUUGACCCCAACCCGGAGGAGGUCAGCGACGUGCUGUAUGUGGACCGCGGUGGCUUGGAUGCGCUGGUCUCAGCAGGGGAGGAGCCUCUGUCGCCGUGGUUUAGGCUCAUAGCCCAGAGCCACCUGCGUUCCUGGUGGGACAACCUGCACCAGCUCGAUCGAUACCAGGACCACGAGACGAUCCACAGGUUCUGAAUGCGGGCUGGCUGCUGUCCUUGCUACAAAGUUAUAUGUUUGUUACCAUUAAUUUGAUAAAGAGAGAAUUUGUUUGUGUCACUAAGAUUGGUUGGAAUUGUUUGGUCACUAUUUAAACUGCACCACAGUUUGUGUGAUUCCUCUUAAAGCUUACUAAGGUUUCUGGAUUCUGUUACGUGUUAAAAAUCAUAGAAAGCAGUUCACACAUUAUUAUUAUUAUUAUUAUUAUUAUUAUUAUUAUUAUUAUGCAUACUGGCAAAGCCUACUUGUAUAGCAAGACAAUUCUGGUUCAUACAAUGAUAGAGAAAUAAUUAAUUAAUUACAUUGCAAAUACUAAUAUUAGUUAAUUUAGUUAUAGAUUGCUGAAAACUAUUUUUGCUUUUCAACAUCAUUUUCUUUAAAUAUUAGUUGUAGCUCAAAACCAUUUCAAACCUCAAUAAACAAACAAUUUUAGUACAUCAAUAACUUAGAAGCAGGUACUACUUUCAAUAAAAUGUUGCCUCUCGCUUAAGUUUGAUAUUUGUGAUAGCUGUUGAUAUGUGCUAUAAAAAUAUGCUGUGCUAUAAAAAUAUGCUCUCAUUGCAACAAACUUGAAUAGCUAGUCCGUAUCAUGUAUCAAAAGUUUAUUCCUUGAUACUGGUGGCAUGAUCCUGUAUGAUUGAUCCUGUGGUACAUGAUACUUUCUGUUUUAAAGUAGUAUGUCAAAAGAUCCUGGACAUAACAAAAAUAUUACAAUAAAAACAAUGUUAGGAAGUGAAAAAAAUUCAUUUUUGUUAUAUUCAGGAUCUUUCAAUGUACUAAAUUAAAACAGCAAGCAUCAUGUACCACAGAAUCAUUGCAUUCAAGGUCAUGCCAAUAGAAUCAAAGGAGAGACUUUGAUACAUCAUACAAAACUUUUACCGCUAGUGUUGUAGGAAUAAAAAAUAGCACUACCAGCCAGUAGUUUUGAUACUUUUUUUUUACUUUUUGUACAAGUAUUUAUCAGGUGGUGCCCAAAUAUGCAUUACCUACUGUAGAUCUGGCAGUCCUUCACCACCUACCUCAAAAAGUGUUUAAUUUUCUAAGUACAUAAGUCAUCCAUUUUGAACAUUCUUUCAUGGUGUAUAAAAUAGGCAAACAUGUUUAAGUAGCUAAGAAAUUUGGUUUUUGAAGUUUAUGUGACAUCAAAUAUUUAGUCUCUUUGGUGUUGCAAAUUUAUAUUUUUUUUUAUAUUUAAGGGUCCUAGUGGUGUUACGAGUGCAAUAUUGUUAUGCACUAAACAAAACACAUUUUAGAUUAUGUUGGAAUAUAAUUCCCAAAAUGUCCUGCGUACUACAUAUCACAAAAAUUAAUGCGGAAUUACAAUAGCCUGUCACCUCCGUCUAUCAAUCACGUGACCUGCAGCCAAUUGAUAGUCUGAAAAAUUAUAUCCAUCUGCAGAGCUGCCAACCUCAAAUCACACCCAUCAGUAAUGGCAAUUAGGUAUAUGAAAAAAGUACGCGUAAAUCAUGCACGAUAAAUUUUUCAUUGGGCAUUAUAACUUAUAGGCUUGCCAUACGUCCCGGUUUGACCGGGACAGUCCCGGUUUGAAGCUGUUGUCCCGGUGUCCAGGCCGGUUUUGUCCGUGUCCCGGUCAGCGGUAAGUAACAACGAAAAAAUUGUAUUAAAAAAAUGGAAACAGGUUGAACAGAACUACCAGCCAAUAUACGCAGCUCUUUAAUCACUUCUCUGUUCAAGGGGUCAACUUUCCAAAUCUUGGCAGGGUUUUAGAAUAGAUGUUUUGUUUGCCAGGUACAUCGGCAAUUAUUGUAGAAAGAAAAAUUUUCAUUAGUGAACAACGCUUUGGGGAGACAGGGAUUUUUUUUUCGACACGCAAAGUAAAUUUGCAUUCCUAUUGCUCAGACUUUUAUGAACUAUUUAGAAGUAAAAAGUAAAUGUUAAAAGAAUUACUUUCAAGUCUGUCUGAACUGUUUGGAAUGGGGAAAUAACUUUUUUGUUUUGUUUUAUUAACAUAUGAAUACUAAUUUAAUGUAAAUAAUUUUAAUGUAAAACAUAAUACAAAAAAGUUGUCCGAAAAAUGUGUUUAUCUUUAUGGGAAUUUCAAGGUUUAAUUUUUAACAUAAUUUUUCCCAGGGGCUGUCCCAAACCCCCCCCCCCCCCCCCCCCCCCGGGUCAAUCCGCUGUCCCGGUUUGGCUCGGAGAAGUUAUGGCAAGCCUAAUUAUAACACACCCACAAGAUAAAACAGGGACAAUAAUAUGCAAAAGAAAAAGAAAAAUAUGAAUACAAUGCAAAUUAAUGAAUAAAAAAAAUCUAUUUGAACAAUACAAUCAUCUGAAUAUGUAAGAAAUAUUAAUAAUUUUACUGGAUAUUUUUAAUCUUCAAUUCAAAGUAUUCAAAGUUAAACUUUAAAACAACUGUAUUUUUAUUUGCUUCUUUUAUCCUGGUUGGAUAAGAAAUGUCAUGUAAACAAACAACAAGACAAACACAAGGACUUGUAAACAAUAACUGCGUUCGUUACUUUCGUUUCUUCAGGUGUAGAGAAAAAACGAAGAUAUAGAUUUACUGCUCGUCACGGCUUUAAAAUGUUCUGCAUGUUUCUUUGAUUCAAUAUGCCGUUUACAGUCAUCCCUUCCACCAUGUGCAAUCGAAAAGUCACACGUGCAUACAUUACAAAACCGUGGCGUUCCAAACAUUUGAAAACGACAAGCAUGGCCAUUCUUUUGAAUAUUUAAGUCGAAAGUUCUGAAGACUUGCGUGUUUUUUUUUUCUUUCCAGAUACACAUUAUUCUGUCACACGCUUCAUUUCUACAACCGGCACUGAAGAACACAACACUAUCGAAAAACAUAAAAAAAUUUCACGUCUGUAGACACGACAAAAACCGGACAAAAACACUAUGAUGAAAAAAAUGGCUUUCAAGAAAUAAAAUAACACAACACAGGUUAGCCAAAGUACCGUACAAAAAUUAUCGUGAUGUAAGUAGCCUUCAAACGAUAAGUCCGAGAAUAUGUACUAGCUGUAUCGUACAACGGACGUAAUACCAUCCCAUUAUUAUUUAAAAACACGAGAAUUAACUUACUUAUUUCGACAGUACAUCGUACAUGCGCACACUUACUAGUUCUAUUAUUUGAGCAACCAAGCGAUGUAUUGAAACUGCGUUCACGAAACACGCACAGCAGAAACGGAAUUUUCUCCGUUACCAUGCAACACAAAGCCUCGUUUCCGUAAUAAACCAGCGAUGUUCCGUAAUUCCGUAAUUCGGGGUUAAAAUCCGUAAUAAUUACGGAAAAUCCGUAAUGGUUGGCAGCUCUGCAUCUGUCAAAAACUUGGCAAGCUCUAACUUUUGAUGGAUGGAUGGAUUAUGUCUGGUUUUGGCAGUGUCAGUCAAUUGUUACCAGAAUAUACGCCUGUGGUGUUUUUAUAGGUCAUUCAGAUGUUUUAUAUAAUAACAUUGAGGUUCUUAAAACUCAUGUCCAAAAAAUUUUUCACGGCUGUGAAUUUUUCGAGGAAAUGCUAAUAGAAUACGCACAAACACAACAAAUAAAAACUAUAUAAAUCUCCGAGAGAAAAACAUGGAUUGUUGGCAGCACUUAUUUGGGAAAAUAUUCUGAUGGACGGAUAAAGUCAAGUUGUAAAUUGCUCGGCUAGACGCGUGGCAUUGGACAAAAGAAUGACGGACACAAGUGACGGGCUGUUCUAAUUCCAUCUUCACUAUGAAGCAACUUGUAUAUCUAUACUAUAAACUGCAUGUUUCAUCUUAAUACUAUGUAUGUAUAUAUGAAAACAUACUCAUUGAAUAAAAUAUUAAGUAAGGCCA